AUGGAGCCAAAGAUUGAUACAAGAUGCGCCUGGCGACUCGGUUGGCCCAGGCUGCGAAGCCUGCCACUGCAAAGUCUGCCAACGACCACCAAACACUUGGUCGCCCACCAACCCGCGAUCAACAAAAUCUUAGGCACUCAUAGCGUCAGCACUCUCGGUCCUGUUCGAUACGUCGCGCGGACAAGGCCUACAGAACUGGCCACCUCCCACCCAACGAUCGUAUUCUAUACGGAUCUCGGAGAGCCGCGCCAGUACGAGCACUGCGCCUCUGCAGUCCAAGAAAUCGCUCAGUAUAUACUAUCCAACAACAUAGACGCUUCGAUCGAAGCUAUCGACCGAGUGGUCGGCGAGAGCUUCACAGUCGCACCAUUACAAGGACCGACGGCGGCAGAGAUAGCGCGUUAUUGGGCGAGCAAGAGACGAACCCUUCUCCGUACGAUCGCGAAUAGGAAGUGGCUGAGCCUUGACUGUGUUAACCUUGGAAAAUCCACCGACGGUCUAAAACCUACUAUCGUCAUCACGGCAUCAGACGCAGACGCAGAUGUGUGGGACCAGAUUAUAGCGAGAAUCAGCGUUCUCUUUGACUACAAGCUGGAGGUAGAGCUCCUGUACGGACAGCGCAGUAGGAUCGAUCUGGCGGAUGCUGUGGGAGAUACCGAAGAGGCGGAGAUGUCGGAUAUUUCAACCGAGGUAGAGGAAGAGGCGGACUUCGCAAGCAAGGAACUGAAGAAACCCAAGGGUAUCGCGAAUGAGUCGGAAGACGAAGAAAUCUGCCGUCCCUCGCAUUUCUCUACCGACAUCUACCCUGGUACAUCUGUAGGAGUGAAGGGAGGCGCAUCAGGAAGCGUCGGUGGAUUCCUGAAGAUCGAAUUCCCUGGACUGCCUACUCCCGCCACCCAAGUCGGUCUAAUUAACUUCCACGUACUAUGGGGAGGUGACGAGAAGCCAGUGCAACCGCCUCAUCUGAGGGAAGCUUCUUGCGGCUCGGUCACCGUAGUAGUACCAUCAGAUCGCGACAAGACCCGGUACGUCCGAAGACGCAAACUCAUAAUCAACAAACACAACAGAUAUCUCCGCGACGCAAGUUCGAAGCAUCAAGCUCUAGAAUCCGAGAGCCAUCGGUCCAAAAGGCAGCAAUGGCGAGAAGAAAGAGAAGAAGAGCGCAAAGAGCGUAAGCGGGUGGAAGAGGCAUCCAACGUUGCAGGAACAACAUGGGCAAGCUCAGCAAAAUCCUCUCGUCCUCAUCCCAGGUACACAGCGAAGCAGCAUGAGAAUUGGACGGAACAAAGCCGCAGUAUCAACGAUACAACCGAGGGCCCAGCCCUGGAGUGGGACAUUGACUGGUCGCUAUUCUCGAUAGACGCACCUCGCUUGGCGGUAUCAAAGACUCCGCGUUCAACUGAUUACCGGCACUCUGCAUCAGAUUCGGAGAUAUCCGAAUGGGGUUCGAUACAAGAAGAUAGAAGCUAUGAGGUCGUCAAGAUCGGUAGGACUUCAGGGUGGACAAGGGGAGUCGUCAACCGUGCAAUGUCCAUACUCAACACCAGCGUACAUGCAUCUAAGGAAAUCAACAACACAGGUGGGAAGACCGACACCUUCAAACCGGUACUCUGCCACUCCAUAGUAUCUAUGAUGCGAGACGGAGCCCCUUUUAUAUCCCCAGGGGACUCAGGUUCUCUCAUCCUCCUUAAUGAAGAACGUCACGACAACCAGGCGUGCAUUGUUGGCCUCGCUAUAGGGGGUAACAAAACAACAAACAUCGGUUACAUGGCACCGAUUGAUCUGAUAUUGAUGGACAUUGAGGAAAAGGUGCAAGGAAAGGUAGUAUAUCCAGUGUCGGUGGGUAUUAAAUUGGGAGCGGACAUGGACUCUUGA